AUGGACAUCUACAGCGCGGUGUUCGUCUUCUGCGUCUACGCGGUGGGCACGAUGGAGGUGCAGGUGCUCUCUGCCAUGGCCCUGGCGCGCCGGAAGGCCGCCCCGCCGCCGACGGCGUCCAAGCUCGGGCGGAUGCUGGGCAGCUCCCUCUGCGUGUUCGUCGCCACCUACUUCCUGGUGCACGGCACCCUGAGCGUCCUCGCGCCGUGCCACUUCCAGUGCUUCCGUGUGCGGAUCGCUGCUCUCGUCGCCGGCGUCGUGGACCUCGCUGUCACCGCCAGCAUCAUGCCGCCAAAUAAGUGGCUGCUUUUGCCAAACAUCUCCUGGACAAAAUUGAAGAAGAAGAGACGUACGGCGAUGAAGCCUCUCCCGGUGUCCGUAGCCCUCCUGGCCCUCUUCCUCGCCGCCUCGUACCAGGACCUCGCCGUGGCCGCAGAUGCAGGUGCAGAUGGAGGUGGCGGCGGCGUUCCGGUCCCGGACGGCGUGUGCGAGGGCAAGUGCAAGAACCGGUGCUCGCAGAAGGUGGCCGGGCGGUGCAUGGGGCUGUGCAUGAUGUGCUGCGGCAAGUGCGCCGGCUGCGUGCCGUUGGGGCCGCUGGCCCCCAAGGACGAGUGCCCCUGCUACCGCGACAUGAAAUCCCCCAAGAGCGGCCGCCCCAAAUGCCCCUAG